AUGACGGAAGCUGCGAAGAAUGACGUGAUUGAUGCGGAGACUCAUGGGGAGGUAGAUAAGGACAAGAGGAGCUGUAAAGCCGGCGGGAAGCCAAUGAUUGCAGGCAUAGCUGGGGCCUAUGGCUACCCCUCGAGGCUGGACAAAGUGGGAGGAGUCAAAGGAAAAAUUGAGGAUGAGGACCAGUCCUGCCAAAUGGAGGAGUGUGGUACUACAGCGAAACUGGUUGGCUCUUUUAUUGAGAAAGAAGCAACGAGCUUUAAGGGCUUCUUGAUGGAGGAUCAAGAAGUAAAGGAUGAUUUUGCACUCUCCGGUCAAUGCUGCAGAAGGCAGCAUAUAGACAUCUUUAACAUCCUGGAGUUGGUCACUCAGCGACAGCACAAUGCGCAUGCGGCUCUCGCCGGACCACCGUUGGCCGGCAGUGACGGCUUCCGGCGAGGUGCGCGUGCGCGGGUUCUGCGGGCGGCCGGUACCCAGCGCGAGGUGCGCGUGCGCGGUGGGGAGAUGGCGGCGACGUCUGGGGACGGGGACGAUUCUCUGUACCCGAUCGCGGUGCUGAUCGACGAGCUGAGGAAUGAGGACGUGCAGCUCCGUCUCAAUAGCAUCAAAAAGCUGUCCACCAUUGCGCUGGCUCUAGGUGUGGAGAGAACGCGAAAUGAACUGCUGCCAUUUUUAACAGAUACGAUUUAUGAUGAGGAUGAAGUACUGCUUGCUUUAGCUGAGCAGCUGGGAUCAUUCACUGCCCUGGUGGGAGGCCCAGCACAUGUCCAUUGCCUGCUGCCCCCGCUAGAGAGCCUGGCCACAGUGGAGGAGACGGUGGUGCGGGAAAAGGCCGUGGAAUCGCUGCGCACCAUCUCCAAGGAGCACUCUCCCUCGGACCUGGAGCGCCACUUUGUACCCCUUGUCAAGCGUCUCUCUAGCGGCGACUGGUUCACAUCCCGCACGUCAGCCUGUGGCCUCUUCAGUGUUUGCUAUCCUCGUGUCUCCAGCACUGUCAAGUCGGAUCUCCGGCAGUACUUCAAGCAGCUCUGCACAGAUGAUACCCCCAUGGUGAGGCGAGCAGCCGCUUCCAAACUAGGUGAGCUUGCAAAAGUUCUUGAGCCGGAGAACAUCAAGUCUGAGAUCCUGCCCAUGUUCACCAACCUGGCCACAGACGAACAGGAUUCUGUACGGCUGCUGGCGGUUGAGGCCUGCGUCUGCAUUGCACAGCUGCUGAAGCACGAGGAGCUGGAGAAGAUGGUGAUGCCCACGCUUCGCCAGGCCAUGGAGGACAAAUCGUGGCGUGUACGCUACAUGGUGGCAGACAAGUUCACUGUG